AUGAAGUACGCACUCUCCCUCGUCGCCAGCGGUGCUGUCCUCGCCGCCGCCCAGCAGGGCCUCGGCUCAUGCGCUCAAAACUGCUUCAACAACAUGGUUGGCAUCGCCUUGAACCAGUUCCACUGCACCAUCGGCGACGUCGCGUGCUACUGCUCCCACCCUGACUUCGGCUAUGGUGUUCGCGACUGCUCCAACCAGGCCUGUUCCGCCCAAGAGGCCGCCGACGCCAUUGGCUUUACCAACGCCUUCUGUGCUGCCGCUGUUGGCACCGGCCAGCCCAGCAACUCGAUCGCCUCGAUCCUGAACACCGUCUCCGGCUCUGGUUCUAAUUACGCAUCAGCUACCUCUGCCGGUGCUGCUGCUGCUUCUUCAGGUCUCGCUCUCCUUGGCGGCGGCGCCCAGUCUUCCGGUGCUCAGUCUUCCGGCGCCCAACAGUCGUCGGGCAGCACUUCAUCUGCCAUCACCACCUCGGCUCUGGUUGGAACCAUUACCACUGAUGGUAGCACCAUCGCCACAACCACUGGCUUCUCUACGAUCUACUCCGUCGUUCCCAUCGUUGGUGGUAUUGUUGGCGGUGCCUCAUCUGGUGCUACAAGUGUCGCCUCGGCUGCCUCAUCUGGUGCUUCCAGCGCCGGAGCCGCCGCCAGCUCUGGUGCUUCCUCGGCUUCGUCGGUCGCCAGCAACGCGUCUUCCAGCGCCUCCUCGGUCGCCUCUAGCGCCUCGUCUGCCGCUUCAUCUGGCGCUUCCAGCGCUGGAGCUGCUGCUUCCUCGGGUGCCUCUUCUGCCUCGUCUCGCGCCUCUUCGGGUGCCUCUGCCGCCAGCUCGGGUGCCUCGUCCGCUGCCUCCAACGCCAGUUCUGGAGCAUCUUCCGUGACUUCGCGUGCCUCCAGCGGUGCUUCCAGCGUUGCCGGUGCCGCCACUUCGGGAGCUUCGUCGGUCGCUUCGCGCGCCUCGUCUGCUGCGGGUGGUGCUUCCAGCGCUGCCUCGUCGAUUGUCGCUACUGCUGGUGCCCCUAUGCAGACUGUCGGCCCUAUGAUGGGCGCUGCCGCUCUUGCCGCUCUCAUGCUGGUCUAA